UCAAUACACUUGGUUACAUGAGGAUUUCUCUAAGAAAAAAAGUAUGUCAGGAAACCCUGAAUGCCAGUUUUAUGUCUGGGCAAUUCUAGCCUUCUUGGGUUUGGCUUUGGUGAUAUCACUGAUCUUCAAUGUUUCCUACUAUGUGGAAUCACAUCGAAGAGAUAAAAUGAACAUGGACUACAAUGACUACAAUUUCAGGGAAAAUGAGAAUGAUAUUGAAGACAUACCAAUUUAUGGUAAUUUAGAUAGUAUGAUUCCAGAAACAAUGGAUGAAAAUUGCUAUGAACAAAUGAAAGCCCGACCAGAGAGAACAGUGAAUGAACUACAAGAGGCCGACCCACCUGCACAGGUAACAAGUGAUCCAGAGAUGUUCUAUGCCUCACUAGAUCACAGCAAAGAGGGGCAACGCAGGAAGCCUAGGAAACUGAAUACACAUUUGCAAGACAAGAAUGAAGAUAAGCAGUUACAAGAAAUGGAUGCCUGCAUUUCUCAGGCCACUUUGGUUGACGAUUUUUCAUCAGAAAGCCAGAAAAUUGAGGAAAACAUUCAUGAUGAUCCUGUCAGACUGUUCGGAUUGAUUCGUGCAAAGAGGGAGCCUAUAAAUUAG